ACGGACCUCCCCCCUCCGCGCGCACCAUGGCGCCGAACCUCAGGAUGAUGGGCCUGACGCUGUCGCUGGCGAUCGCCACGCGCUCCGUGCUGGACGCGGACAACUCCCUGCACACGGGCAUCGUGCGCGGGCUCUACGGCCUCUCACAGCUCUUCUGCUACGCCGUCAUGCUGUACCUGUACAUCAAGGCGAAGAACAACACGGAGCCUGGUGUCGUGACGGUGAAGGAGGACCUGGGCUUCGGCCAGACGGGCGAGCGUGACGAGAAGAUCACGGUGGCGGAGCACGACCAGCGCAUGGUCUGGAAGGAGCUGCAGCGCUACGCUCUGGGCACGGUGGUAACGGUGUUGAUCCACUGGAAGUGGGGCUUCUUCCCGCCGCUCGUGAUCCAGACCAUCACGCAGCCGUUCAACCUGUUCCAGGCGCCGAUCGUCAAGGUGACGCUGCUCGGUGAGAAGGCGUGGGGCGAGCUGCGCCGCCCGUGGGUGGACCGCAACGAUAUGAGCAAGUCCAUCAACUCGUGGAACGACACCAUCAUGUCGGCGCUGGGUGAGCCCCCCGUCAAGGUCAACAAGAAGGCCAGCAAGAAGGCCGCCAAGCGCAAAAACAAGUAG